CAAUGUAUUCAGCGAUAUGUACUGUGUGUGUGUGUGUUCACGAUCAUAAAUCUCGGAUCGCUAUGUGAUUUUUUGUAGUCACAGCCCUUAUGUUUACAUCAGCGAGUUUUGUUUCUUCUUUGAUUUGGAGAUUUUAGACUAGAAAAUCUAGCUUCUGGGCCUAGUUUCUCACACUGCUGGUGCCAUUUCCCGGGCGGAGAGCUGCCAAGAGAUUCGAGAAUGACGGAGUAUAAGUUAGUCGUAGUUGGAGCUGGAGGUGUAGGAAAAAGUGCAUUGACGAUACAACUUAUCCAAAACCAUUUUGUGGACGAGUAUGACCCUACAAUAGAGGAUUCAUAUAGAAAACAAGUUGUAAUAGAUGGAGAGACGUGUUUACUGGAUAUCCUGGAUACAGCAGGUCAAGAAGAAUACAGUGCCAUGAGAGACCAGUACAUGAGAACGGGAGAAGGUUUCCUGUGUGUCUUUGCCAUCAAUAACGAGAAAUCAUUUGAGGAUGUCAACCUGUACAGGGAGCAGAUCAAAAGAGUGAAAGACGCAGAAGAAGUUCCUAUGGUCUUGGUUGGAAACAAAAUUGACUUGCCGAACUGGGCUGUGCAAACGAGACAAGGACUGUCACUAGCUAAGAGUUAUGGAAUACCUUACAUUGAAACAUCAGCUAAGACAAGACAAGGAGUAGAUGAUGCCUUCUACACACUCGUAAGGGAGAUCAGGAAGGAUAAAGAUCGAAAGAAUGCAUCGAACAAGAAAGGGAAGCGCAAGAAACGGGGAUGCAUCUUAUUCUAAGAUUGAUCAAAUAUAGCAUGUUUUUACUCUCAUGUCUUUUACUGUCAAAUUGUUUGUCACAAGAUGAACUUAUUCUUAAGAUAUAUGUAUAGAGUGUAUACAAUCAUGUUAUGUGUUGAGAGAGUUCCACAGGGAUGUAUAUUGGGACCACUACUGUUUUAAAGCCUUUCUCCAGGAGUUUGCUGCCACCAGACAUGAAAUGACACACAUGGAAUCGAUGCAUGAGAAGCAUUUCUGGGAAACCAUAGCAACAGUGUAUAUAAGAAAGAAAAAAUUAGCA